AUGUCUACAAGCUCAGGAUCAUCAUCCUCUUUCUGGAUCUCCGCUCAACCGCUGAAGGUGCCCGACUUCGACAUCCUCAGUUUCACUUUCGACGGUGACGUGUCAUACGAUGAGAAUAAACCUAUAUUUGUGGACGCCAGGGAUUCCACAAAGAACAUAACCGCGGCGACUGCACGACAUAUCGUGCGUAGAUUGUGCAAAGGAUGGAAAGAGAUAGGCCUUCAACAGGGAGAUUGUGUAACAAUAUCGAGUGCAAACCAUAUCUUGUAUCCCCUAAUCUGGUUAGGCAUCAUUGGUGCAGGAGGAGUCGUUGCUGGCGCGAAUCCCGCGCUGACAGUUUCCGAAUUGAAACACCACCUUAAUGUCACGGCUACAAAGUAUCUGGUCAUUCAGGCACCGUACUCGGGCAACAUCGUCAAAGCUACAACAGCAUGUGGCAUAACCCUUCAGUCGGUUUUUGUCUUCGAUGGCAAAUCAGAUCCCCAGCUGUAUGGUCACCACCGUGAAGACGGGGAGACUGAUCCGAACGGUUUCAACAAGUUCGGUGUGCUUCUCGAACAUGGUCAGCAACAAUGGCUCAUCCAUACAGACACAACAAGACCCGCUAUACAUGCCACAACAAGCGGCACGACGGGUUUGCCGAAGGCAGCUGUCUUACCUCACAAGUAUAUCGUCUCACAAGCCCUGACGCUUGAAGAACAAUACCGAGCAAGAGCAGCACAGGUCUCACAGUUGGUUAGUCUGCCCAUCUUUCACUGCUUCGCCAGCAAUACUGCUAUGAUACUACCUCUUCGGCUUGGUAUCACGACAUACAUCCUACCUCGCUUCUAUCGUGACGAGUUCAUCGAUGCUGUCUUCGACUUCUCCAUUACUGAUGCUCCAGUUGUUCCUCCCAUUAUCUCGAUGCUGGUUCAAUAUGGAGAUCAGCUAAAGCACAAGCUACAUUCACUACGUCGCUUGAUAUGUGCAGGUUCGAAGAUGGCGCCUUGUGUUCAAGACGCAUUCUACCAAUAUCUGCAUGAAGAUUGCCGUAUCUCACAAUGCUGGGGUACCACGGAGACGGGAUGGCUGACGUUGACGCCUGACAUGGAACUUGAUCGUAGUGGCAGUGUGGGUCAGCUGCUCGCCAAUGUGAAACUCAAACUUGUCUCGGAAGACGGACAACCUAUCACUAAAGAGGGUAUAUAUGGCGAGGCAUCGGUCAUGUCUUCCGCCAUGAUGCUUGGCUACCGAAACAACCCGGCUGCAAAUCAUACCGCAUUUGAUUCCGAGCAUUGCUACCGCACAGGUGACCGUGCCUAUUACCAGGACGGCAAAGUCUUCAUCACUGGUCGCAUAAAGGAUAUCAUGAAAGUCAAGGGCUGGCAAGUAUCCCCUGAAGAGCUGGAGGAGAAGAUCGUUUCUCAUCCCAAAGUCGUCGAUUGUGCAGUCGCUGGCGUCACCUCAGUAGACCAUGCUGGACUGGAAGAAACACAUCCGCGCGCAUACGUCGUUCGUGCUAAGGGAAGUCAUAUCGAUGACGACGACAUCUGUGCCUGGACAUCGUCCCAGACUGUGGGUUACAAGCGUCUGACAGGUGGAGUGGUUUUCGUGGAUCAAAUACCUCGAAACCCAGCAGGCAAGAUUUUGCGACGACUACUGCUGGAGAACCAAUGA